GGCCACAGAGCAUUGUACACCACAUCUCUCUCCCUCUUCCUUUCCCUCUCGCAUAAAAAGCUAAGACCUCACCAAAAGCUGAGAUAACCUCUCUCAGCCGAGCAAAGUCUCGGAGCCUCUUCUACUUCUUCUUCUUCUCCCAUGGCGGCAGGUCUCUCAACAGCCCUUACAUUCAAACCUCUCCACCGCGCUUUCUCUUCCUCCAGUCUCCGCCUGCACCAUCCAACAUCCUUAACCGGAUUCCCGUCGUCUCUCCUCCGGUUCAGAGGAUUAUCCGUCUGCUACGUCGUCUCGGAUCGGAGGCAGAGCUCUCCUAUCGACAAAGAUGACAGUCCUCCCGAGACUACGGAGCCAACAACAACAGCCAUAGACGCGGAGUACCUGGCGCUGCGUUUAGCUGAGAAGCUGGAGCGGAAGAAAUCGGAGAGGUUCACUUAUCUGAUUGCUGCAGUGAUGUCGAGCUUCGGUAUCACUUCGAUGGCUAUUAUGGCCGUUUACUACAGAUUCUCUUGGCAGAUGGAGGGAGGUGAAAUCCCAAUGUCGGAGAUGUUCGGUACAUUUGCUCUCUCUGUUGGUGCUGCUGUUGGCAUGGAGUUCUGGGCAAGAUGGGCUCAUAAAGCUCUCUGGCACGCUUCUUUAUGGAACAUGCAUGAGUCACAUCACAAACCUAGAGAAGGGCCGUUUGAGUUGAACGAUGUGUUCGCCAUAAUCAACGCUGUUCCUGCCAUUGCUCUCCUCUCUUACGGUUUCUUCAAUAAGGGACUCGUUCCUGGCCUCUGCUUUGGCGCUGGGUUAGGAAUAACAGUGUUUGGAAUCGCCUACAUGUUCGUCCACGAUGGUUUGGUGCACAAGCGCUUCCCUGUAGGUCCCAUCGCUGACGUUCCUUAUCUCCGAAGGGUCGCCGCUGCUCACCAGCUGCAUCACACAGACAAAUUCGAUGGUGUGCCAUAUGGGCUGUUUCUUGGACCGAAGGAAUUGGAGGAAGUUGGAGGAGAUGAAGAGUUAGAGAAAGAGAUAAGUCGGAGAAUCAAACUGUACAAAAGGGGGUCUGGUUCCGGGUCGACUUCUUGACUUCAAAACAUGUUUUAAUUAAGUCUCAAAACUUUUUUUUUGUCUUGUAUCAUGAUCUGAAAUACGAUCUAUGUUUAUAAAUCCUAUAAGCCGAUUUUGAUUUUAAA